GCCGCCGCAGCCCUCUCCGCCGACGAGCAGGCAGCCAGAAGCGAUGGCCUCGGCGGCGCCGGAGGCUGAGCAGGAGCAGGUGGUGAACCCGUGGGAGGUGUCGGCGGGGAAGGGCGGCAUCGACUACGACAAGCUGGUCGACCAGUUCGGCUGCCAGCGCCUGGACGCCGCGAUCAUUGACCGCAUCGGCCGCCUCACCGGCCGCGCCCCGCACCGCUUCCUCCGCCGCGGCCUCUUCUUCGCCCACCGGGAUUUGAACGAGAUACUGGACCUGUACGAGAAGGGGGAGAAGUUCUACCUCUACACGGGGAGGGGGCCCUCAUCGGAGGCGCUGCACCUUGGCCACCUCGUCCCCUUCAUGUUCACCAAGUAUCUCCAGGAUGCUUUCAAGGUUCCUCUUGUAAUACAGCUAACUGAUGACGAAAAGUUCCUGUGGAAAAAUUUGACUGUUGAGGAAAGUAAAAGGCUUGCUCGUGAAAAUGCGAAAGACAUUAUAGCAUGUGGAUUUGACAUCGAGAGGACUUUCAUCUUCUCUGAUUUUAAUUUUGUUGGCGGUGCCUUUUACGAAAACAUGGUUAAAGUUGCCAGAUGUGUGACUUAUAAUAAAGUUGUAGGAAUAUUUGGAUUCACUCCAGAGGAUCACAUUGGAAAGAGUAGCUUUCCUCCUGUGCAGGCAGUCCCAUCAUUCCCUUCAUCAUUUCCCCACCUCUUUCCUGGCAAUGACCAACUACGGUGCUUGAUACCUUGUGCAAUAGACCAGGAUCCUUAUUUCAGAAUGACCCGUGACGUUGCUCCAAGAAUUGGUUAUCAGAAGCCAUCACUGAUCGAAUCAAGAUUUUUCCCAGCUCUUCAGGGUGAAAACACGAAAAUGUCAGCUAGUGAUCCUAACUCUGCGAUUUAUGUGACAGAUACAAAUAAAGAAAUAAAGACAAAGGUGAAUAAGUAUGCCUUCUCAGGUGGCCAGGACUCUGUAGAACUCCAUAGAAAACUCGGAGCUAACCUUGAGGUGGAUGUCUCAAUCAAGUGGUUGAACUUCUUCCUUGAAGAUGAUGAUGAACUCGAGAACAUAAAGAAGGAGUACAAGGAAGGAAAGUUGCUGACUGGUGAAGUGAAGCAGAUUCUGAUUAAGGUUCUAUCCGAGAUGGUUGAAAGGCACAAAAGAGCUAGAGCUCAAGUUACUGAGGAGAUGGUUGAUGCCUUCAUGGCUAGAAGGCCUCUUCCCAACAUGUUUGGCUAAGUAUGGGGGGCGAAGAUCAUUCUUUUUUCUUAGUGGAUUUAUAGAAUUCUGGGGGCAGCAUAUGUUUCAUGACUUAGUUGUCUUCGUCAAUGCGAACCUGGCUGCUCAAUGGUGGCCACUUGAUUUUGUAAAAUCAAUAUGUGAUAUGUUUAUUUUCAAGCUUGUUCCAUCAACGUACAAGGUGUGCCUUUUGGGAUUUAGAAGACAUACAUAUAUGCACUUAAGUUGA